AUGGUACCUAGCACUUCUGAAGAUCCUUUUCACAAAAUUAUUUUAAAAAAUAGUUCUGAAAAAUCAGAAUUCUUAAAAGAAUCUUCUUCUCAAUACGGGUACAAUGGCAGAAUUGAUUCUAUACGUGAAAAUGAAUAUCCACAACUGAAAGGAUCCGUUUAUCUUGAUCAUUCUGGUGCGACUGUAUAUGCAAAAAGUGUCGUAAGUUCCUUCACUAAUGAUCUUACAAAUAAUCUUUUUGGAAAUCCUCAUUCGUACAACCCCAGUUCCCAGCUUACUUCUCAACGAGUUGAACUAAUUCGGGCUCGUAUUCUGAAACACUUUAAUGCAAAUCCUGCGGAAUAUCAAGUUAUAUUUACUCAAAAUGCGAGUGCUGCUAUUAAAUUGGUUGGUGAAGCUUUUCCUUGGACCUAUGGUCAAAGUUCUUUCAGAUAUUUGAGAGAAUCUCAUAAUAGUGUGAUAGGCUUAAGACGUUUUGCCGAAGAAAAUAACUCUCCUAUUAUUCAAGCUAUAACUGAAAAAGAUUUAGAAUCAUCCUUUAAAAAUAUACAUGAAUAUCCGAUUAAUGAUAAUCUAAAUUCUGAAAUAAAUCAAGAUAUUGUAUAUAAUCUUUUCGCUUAUCCUGCACAAUGCAACUUUUCUGGUCAAAGAUUUCCACUCAAAUGGACACAAAUGAUUAAAAGAUUAAAUUCUGAUAAAUCAAAGACAUUGGUCUUACUUGACGCUGCUGCUUAUGCAGCAACUUCUUCAUUAUCAUUAGCUGAUAAAGACACAUCUCCAGACUUCGUUGCUAUCAGCUUUUAUAAAAUUUUUGGAUUUCCCACAGGUUUGGGUGCUUUAUUAGUAAAAACUGAAUUGACUCCUAUAUUAAAAAAGCGAUAUUUUGGUGGCGGGACAAUUCGUGCAGUUGCUUAUGAUCGAUUAUGGCAAGAAUUUCGAGAGAAUUUGAGUGACCGUUAUGAGGAUGGUACUAUUAACUUUUUGGAGAUUAUUUCCCUAGAACAUGCGUUCAAUUCAAUAGAACGAAUAUAUACGAACUUUAAUAAUAUUAAGAAUCAUGUGACUUCCCUUAGCUCUUAUCUCUACAAACGAAUGAAUUCACUUAGACACUGGAAUGGUUCACCUGUGUGUGUUAUCCAUGCUAAUAAUGACUUUUCAGAUAGUUCUAUUCAAGGUCCUGUCUUCAAUUUUAAUGUAAAACGUGCUGAUGGUUCUUGGGUUGGAUACCUUGAGGUAGAAAAGUUAGCUAGUGUAAAAGGUAUUCAUGUUAGAACUGGUGGUUUUUGUAAUCCUGGUUGUUUAUCAAGAUGGGUAAACGUUAAUUCGGAUCAGGUUAUGGCUAAUUAUAAGUUGGCUACUGGAAAAGUAUGUGGUGAUGAUCAUGAUAUUCAUAACGGCAAGCCUACGGGUUCAAUACGUAUCUCUAUAGGUGCUAUGUCAACUAUUGAUGACAUUCUUGUUUGGUUAGAUUUCUUCAAUACAUAUUUUGUGGAAUCAAUCCCACCAUAUAAAAUGUCACAAAAAGUUGGUAUUGACACCAAUAUAACUUAUUCAAAUCAAUCAAAUUUGGUUGUGGAAAGAGUAACUUUGUAUCCAAUUAAAUCAUGUCACGGAUUUACCAUACCACCUUCAUCUUCCUGGCCAGUAACUAGUCAAGGACUAUUAUAUGACCGUGAAUGGAUGUUGGUAAAUUUAAGAACUGGAAAGGCAUUAAGUCAAAAAAUAUUCCCAAGGAUGACUUUAAUACGUCCAGUCGUUUUUCGAGAUAAAGAAUUGCUUGUUAUUUCGGCACCUGGGCAAGAUCCUCUUCAAAUAAAGUUGAAUGAAUAUCCUGAUGACAUUGACUCUUCUACUACAUGUUCGUCUCAAGUUUGCGGUGACAAGAUUGAAACAUUUAUAUACACAUCUCCACAUAUUACAAAUUGGUUUACAAAUUUUCUUGGUAUACCAUGCCGCUUAGCUCGACAACCACCUAUAACCAAUAAUGACAAUAAUUUCAUUCAAUCUCAAAGAUUCAUAAAGCCGCAUCUUGAUGUACCUAUGACGAAUGCACAUCUUUCAUUAUCAAAUGAAUCACCGUUUUUAUUGAUUUCACGUAACAGUGUUAAUCAUGUUAAUGAAAUGAUUCUUGAAAAUGAAAAUAAAGAUGAAACAAUUGUUGCUGAUUGUUUUAGAGCCAAUAUUUUAAUUAAAGCUACAUGUGAAUAUGAAGAAGAUGAAUGGAAAAUGAUUAGGAUUGGUGGACAAGUGUUUAGGUUAAUUGGUCCGUGUAGAAGGUGUCAUAUGAUCUGUAUAAAUCAUGAAACUGCUGAAAAAAUUAAAGAACCAUAUUCGACUUUAGCAAAGUAUCGUCGAUUUAAAGGAAAAAUAUUCUUUGGGCAACAUAUGAUUCAUGAUGCUGAACUUUCUGAUUCACCUUUUGAAAUUAAAAGUGGUGCAAAAUUUGAAAUAUUAGAAAAAUUUCAGGAUCAACAAGAGAUAUUUAGAUAA